CGGCAGCAGCAGCAGCAGUACAGGCGGCGGCGGCAGGUGCGUCCUCCUCAGCGCAGCAUCCCCCGGCUCAGUCUCCGCCCUCCCGCUGCGGCUCGAUAGGCUGGAGGAUUUAAGCGGGCCCGCCGUAAUGAUGAGGGCUUUCUGAGGCUGAUUGAUUUCAAAACUCGACGGGUUUCGACUCUCGCAGUGCAUUACAGGAGCCGACAGCGGACUUGUGUUUGCGGAGAGAUGAACUCAGAGUUGGAUUACGGAGGCUCCGGCAGCAGCGGCAACGGCAAGCUGCGCCAGUGGCUCAUCGAGCAGGUGGACUGCGGCAAAUACCCCGGGCUGGUGUGGGAGAACGACGAGAAGAGCAUCUUCAGGAUACCGUGGAAACACGCCGGGAAGCAGGACUACAACCGGGACGAGGAUGCCGCGCUUUUCAAGGCCUGGGCGCUGUUCAAAGGCAAGUUUCGGGAGGGGAUCGACAAGCCGGACCCGCCGACCUGGAAGACUCGCCUCCGCUGCGCCCUCAACAAGAGCAACGACUUUGAGGAACUGGUGGAGAGAAGCCAGCUGGACAUCUCAGACCCGUACAAAGUGUACCGCAUCGUCCCCGAGGGCGCCAAGAAAAGACCCCGACAGGAGGACAGUCCACUGAGUCCGAUGGGCUAUCAGGUGCACCCGUCCUACCCUACACUGCAGACUCAGAUGUCACACUCACAGUACAUGCCCACUGCUGAAUGUAGCUGGAGGGAGUACUGUCAGGAGCCGGCCUCGCUGCCUGAGCUGCCCUUCACUCAGUGUCCCUGUCCCCCUCGCAGCUUGCCGUGGCAGGGCUCGUCCAUGGAGAACGGAUAUCAGCUCAGAGCCUCCAUCUACUCGUACGGUCCUGCCGACAGUCAGCCCCCGCCGUUCACACUGGACGCCGGCAUCAGAUCAGCCGAGACGCUCUCAGACGCCCGCAUGCACGUGAGUGUUUAUUUCCGAGAGAGUUUGGUGAGGGAGGUCACCACCUCCAGCCUGGAGGGGUGCCACAUCACCCCGUGCUCCCCAGAGGAGAAGCACUACCCUCAACCUGGGAGUCCUGAGGUGGUCCCCCUGCCUGUGGACAGUCUGUCCACCCACAGAAGGGCAGAGGAUUGUCCCCCGAGUCCCCCGUCCACCCUGGAGAGGGGAGUGUUGCUGUGGAUGAGCUCAGACGGACUCUACGCCCGGAGGCUGUGUCAGAGCCGAGUGUACUGGCAGGGAGGACUGUCCCAGUAUGGAGAUAAGCCCAACAAACUGGAGAGAGAGGUCACCUGUAGACUCCUCUCCACACAGGACUACCUGACAGAGAUCCAGAGUUACGGGCUCCAUGGUCGGCCGCCGCCUCGUUUCCAGGUCCUGCUGAGUUUUGGAGAUGAGUGUCUGGACCCGCAGAGACAAAGACGGACCCUUACUGUGCAGGUGGAGCCGCUGUUUGCCCGGCAGCUCCUGUACUACGCCCAGCAGAUGGGCGGCCACUACUACCGCAGCUACGAGCACCCGGGAGUCACCGAGCACAUAAACACCUCUGAGGACUACCAGAGGGCCAUCACACACCACCACAGCAGCAGCCUGCAGGAGUGAUCUCAACAGCUUCGAGUGACUGUUGGAAACUUCAAGACGCAGCUGUGAGACAAGAGGACAAACCCGGACAGUGUUAAACAUAUGAUGAUGGACAUUUAGUGACAGUUACUCAACGCCCUGUAGGGCUCCGUGUGUGUUUGUCAGUGAGUGUGGCCGGAACAAAAGUUGUAGUGUUAUUUUCUUUCCUUACAGUAGUUCUAGGGCACCAUGAAUAUUUUCUAUACUGACUAUGCAAUUAAAACUGACAGCUUCGGUGAUUGUACUAUAGAAAACUGUGCAGGGGAUUGUAGUGCCUUACAGGGAUGGUUUGACAUAUUGGGAAAUACGCUCAUUCACUUUUUGGCUGAGAGUUUGAUGAGAAGAUCGAUGCUACUCUCAAAUCUGUACAGUGCUAAUGAAGCUCUAGCCAAUCCGUGGUUAGCCUAGCUUAGCACAACAACUAGCCAGCUCUUUGGAGAGUGGGCUGAACCUGCGAAAUAUUGCUCUGAUUGAACAUUUGCACACAGGGAGGUAUUUCAAAAUGGCCAAAAUGCCUGCAGAAGACAAGGCUAGCUUGUUUAUGCUUGAACCGUUAGCGACCAAGGUAGGGUAACUUAACUUUUAAGCUUGAGGUUUGCUAGCUCAGAGGUUGGUGUUUACUGUGAAGAUGGGAAUUUGAAAAGACUGGAAACAGGGAAACAGCCAGCUGUUCCAUAUUCAGAGCUAACAAAAUCUGCCUACCAGCACAAGCUCAUAGACUGACACAUUACAUUUUGUUUGUUGAAUGUGUACAAUAUGCCCUUUUUAAUUUCUCUGAUUCAGGAAAUAGCCCCGCACAUAUAACAACACACUGGUUUGUGGACAACUGUUUUAAAGAAUCAUAUGUGGUGAGACAGGAGUGUGAAGCUGGAGGAGUUAUCCUGAUUGGGUCUGACUUUGAACGCAAAGCAUACCCUGCUUAAUCGUCUAUUUUACUCUAAGUGGGACUAAAUUUUACAAAAUGAGCAUCAUGAUGUGAUUGAGAAGACUUAAAACUUCACACUGAGACCAUAAACUCAUUUGGAAACCUUCUACUAAAGUGUUAAAUCAAGUGAGAAGUAGGGUACUUUUCUCAUAGCCUAAUAUAUACUUUGUUGAAUUGCUCCCUGCUGGCUAUUAGAAAUAAUGCCAGAACAAGGCAGUGAUUUUAAUAUUUAAGACCCAGAAACUGAAAUUUUCUCCAUAUUUUAUACCAUCAGGCAAUAGCUCAUAAAAGAGAAAAUUGUUCAAUCUGUACAAAAACUCAACAAGACACAAUAUGUCUUAAGGGAGCUUGAAAGGCGCAGGCAGGCAGGUGUUUUACCUUUGGGAUGAACUAUGUUAGCUGUUCGCUUAGCAGUCUUUAUGCUAAACUAAGCUAUGCUAAGAUGGCUGUAGCUUCAUAUUUGCUGGACAGACAUGAGAGUGGCAUUUUGUUGCGAGGAGACACUAUCACCACCAUUUUAUAAAUUAUGAAUGAGAUUUGUUCCUGCUUUGUUUGUGUGAGAAAUUCUCAGGGAUACGAUAGAUAGAUAGAUAGAUAGAUAGAUAGAUAGAUAGAUAGAUAGAUAGAUAGAUAAGCUUGUUCAACUCAAUUUUGUAUCCAAUAUUUUACUUACAUGAUACAUUUUUAAACAUCAUUUUAAAUUAAAAAAUAUGUCAAAUAUGAGAAAGAGUUGGAGUGAAUGUUUUGAGCUUUUUUAGUCUUUAAAUGGGCAUGUUUGUGUUGCAAAAACCAAUA